UUUGUGCUGACGUUUGUCAUCAUAUCUGCGCACAAUUUUGCAAUCGAAUUCACCAACGUCACUUACGCUCGGGUCAAACUUUGACGCCGCCACCCCUUCUCCUGUCCCGUUGUUGUGCGUGGCCGCGCACGCGUCGUGUGCAACCUUGUGCUCACAAGCGUUUGAUCAAGGGCGAUAAUAAAACGCAACUUUUGCGUAAUUACCAGUGUGCGUGUGGAGACAUGCCGCCAUUAGAGUUGUUUUGUCCUGUGUGACGUAGGUGGUGACGUGGUCCACAAUGAGCUCAGCAGAUCGGAACGGCGCGCAUACUCAAGCCAUGCGUGCGCGUUCCUGUGUCCAUGCUCGGGCACAGAUAAACUCGUCAGCCGCUCAUUUGAGAGUGAUGGGUUGCAUUCUGACGUCUUAUACUUUGACUGAUUUGGUUUUUUUUUUACAAAGGCCUUCACAGAAAAACAACACUGAUCCAAGUACAAACAAGUGGCUAAAAAUAUUUUGUUUUGUUUAUACCUUCAUUGAGCUCAAUGCACAAAUGUAUUAUGGUUUACUUUUUCUAUUAUUAUUUUUCAAAAUUGUUAUUAUUAUUAUUAUUAAUAAAUUAAAUGAAUUAAUGUUGCUACAUGACAAUUGUUUAGCUAUUAUAUCACUUCAUUGUUACAUUGCAUACAAUUCAGCCAAUAAUUCUUCUGUCAUUAUGCUGAGAUUGAAAGGAAGUAAAGAACAGUUCUUAUAUUUUCUGACCCAUGCACUUAUCUAUCCUGCUAGGAACUAAUUCUUGGAAACAUACAAAUCAAAAUGUAAAAAGUAAAAAAAAAAAAAAAAAAUAGUAGGUACUUGUGACGACAUUUUGAUUUGUUGGAGCCUCAGUUUGAGGAUGAAAACAUCAAAAUAACACGUUCAUUAUAAUUGAGUGUAAGUUCGGUUUAGAAUCAUGUUCAAUGUUAGCCAUUUGUUUUGGAUGGUUACGUUUAGGGGGAUGGGCUGGGGAAGGCACUAUGGCAAUGGAAAACUUCCUAGCAUCCUAACAAGGAGUGAAAUACAAACAUCAUUUACCUUCACUUACCUACCUUUCACCGAAAUAAUACCUUUUUAUUAAAUAUCCAUCAUUGUACAUUAUGAUUUGUUACGGCAACAAGUCGAACUUAAUAUUGACUUUACUUCUUGUUUUUCUUGAAUAUUUCACUGCUGCAUCACCAACAUCAGAUACCAGCAAAAGUGGUUUGGUGUUUUCUCUCACCCAGCAAUAAGUUACGGAAAAAAGUACUGACACAAGAGAAUCCAACACCUUUUAGUGCUGACUGUGGCAUUUGUCAUCAUCGGAUCGGCUCAGAGCAUAUUGGAGCGGAUCGGAGCAAAUGGGAGCAAAAUUGUUCGGCUCAAAAUCAUCUCCGCGUUGGAUAAAUCAAGCCCCAGAGCACCUUCUUCAUAAUUCAGAUUUUGGAACAGUGAUCAUCAUUGUAUUUUAAUAAAGAUAUGCAUUGCAUUUAAAGUGUGAUUACAAAGAAAAUCAUAAUACCAAAGCAAAAGAAAAGAAUAGCCCCUCUAGUGGGACACAACUUUAGAUAAGUUGAAUACUAUGUAGCACACAUGACCUGUAAGUGACCCUGUGACAACUACAGAAAUGACUGAUUAUGCAAAUACGACAAAUAAAUAUCUGAGUCAAAUAAUAAACGUUAACGGAGAUGAACUCUGUAGCUGUCAUAGCAUAAUAACACUUUCAGAGGCAGGAGUCUCCAGGCCAGUUGUUUUACUUGGCUGACCCUGAUUAAUUAAAAAAACAAACAAACAUAUUUUUCAUAAUUCCUUCAUAAAUACAGUUUUAUGCUUAUGUGUCUGUUUUCUAAACCUUCACAGCUUUAAACAGCAGUUCAAACGGUAUAUAUUUAGUUUAUUAAAACGACACACACACACACACACACACAAUAUAUAUAUAUCCCCUGUACAUGAUGCUGUAUGCCACUGGGGAGUAGUGGGAGCAGGCUUCAUGCCUUAGUUUUGUGGACCCGGGUUACCGUUGACCAUUGUAGAAGUUGCGACUGACAAUAAACCACCUGUGUUGAUAUGUCUGGUGAGUUUUUCUUUCAGCUUUUGCAUUUGGCUACGAUAUGAGACAGUAUUCAAAGAAGAGUUAGGGUCGUUAAAAGGGACCACAGCCAAGAUUCAUGUGGCACAGAGUGCCACACCUAUAUUUUACAAACGGAGGUCAGUUCUGUUUACCAUUUAAAAAAAACUGCAACAGAACUCGAGAGACUAUAACAUGAAAGAAUAUUGGAAUCUGUGAAUGGGGGCCACCUAUUGUGCCUGAUUACUGAGUACUGUAAGUAUUUGUGGAGAUUAUAUGUGUUAUUAUAUUAUAUUAUAUUAUAUGUGUAGAUCAAAUGUGCUCAGAGUAUGGCCAAUGUUGUAGUGUAUUUAGACAACAUUAUCUUGACAGGAAGAGAUGACAGGUCACAUCUUCAUACACUCAAAGAAGUGCUACAGAUGGAAUGUCAGUUCAUGGAGGAACAAGUGAUGUUUCUGGGUCAGCAGGUGGACCAGACAGGCCUGCAUCCAAUGCCAGUGAAAGUCAAAGCAGUCCAGCAGGCUCCGGUGCCAUGUUCUGUUCGUGAGCUUUAAGGUCUGCUAAACUUUUCUGACAAAUUCUUGCCUGACUUGUCCACCGUGCUGGCUCCAUUACACAAAUUACUGGACUAGCAAAUAGACUAGUAAGGAUCCUGUGCUCGCCAGAGUGCAUGAGAACAUACUCCGAGGUUUCAGGCCAUACAGUAUGAAGCAACAGAAGUUGCGUGUACAAGAUGGGUGCUUACUGUGGGGGUGCCGUGUAUUGAUCCCGGAAAAGGGACAGGGUCUGAUGUGGAAACAGUGACAUCAAUUGCACCCUGGAAUGAGUCAAAUAAAGGGCUUGGUCCAGAGCUACAUGUGGUGGCCUCGUAUAGAUAGUGAUAUUGAGAAUCUGGUAAAAUGAUCAUGGGAUUUUGGGAUUGAAGUUGGAAGACAUAUUAUCAAUUUGAGGGGGAAGAGAUGAUGGGUCAUGAGAUUAUUUUGAAGAACUCUUGUUUUUGUGGUUCCCGGUCACAAAGUUGACAAUAAACCUCCUGUGAUGAUACCUACUGCGAGUUUGUCUUUCAGCUUAUAGGCUUUCAGCUAUCACAAAUCACACUCCAUGCUGGGAGUGUCGCGACUGACGAGAUGUGGGUAACCGCAAGAUUACGCCGGUAAACAAACAUGGUGCCCGGGAUAGCUAAGCUACGGUUGCAAAAGGUUUCAGAAUCUGCAUAUUUCAAUCAUAUUCAGCGAAAUUACCAGUCUUUUCAUGGAAACCAGUGUGAUGACACUCCAAGUAGGGCAUUAUACAGGCAAUAAUAUCAUCUCAUCAUCUGAGAUUAACAUAAUAAUUCCAUUUCCACAGCUGUCAUCUAACUGUGGUUAGUCAUGGGCUAAUGAGGCUUCAUGAAACAGUGUUCUCAUCUUCAGGGCCCAGUAGGUGAUGGCUUAAAAAUGAUGAAAGUUUUCAUUAAAAUGGUUGUUGAAAUCCAAACAUUACAAAUUAAAGAGCAUAGUCUUGUGAGCUCUUCCAUUGUUUUGCAAAAAAUGAUUAGUGAAUGAGUUAGUUGGAUGUGCGCUACAAUUUACCAUCAGAAAUGUGCCCAGCACCGUCCACUGUUUUUAUUUAACAAUGGCAACACGUUGAAGUAGGCAGAAACUGUUUUUCAAAGUUUUCUUCUCUCUGCAGGUGGCGUGAGUUUCAUCACAAAGUUCUCAGUGGCUUCCAUGAUGAAUGGCAUGGCAUCACUCACAGCCUCAAUACUCUGACCCCUGCUGAAAUGGCAGCUUGGGGGGGUGAUGGCCGCUAUGUCUUCUGGGAAUUCUACAAAAGUGUCGCACCGGAACCCAAGUGGAUUUUAGUUUGGAUGACAUAUUGACGUCAGUUUGGGAAAUGAUGGUCAGCCAGAGUUAAGAGGACGAUCGCAUUUGGGUGGAAGAUGGAGAAGGACUUCACGCAGUAGAAUGGUCACGGCUCACUGAAGCCAGUAUCACCAGAAUUCUUCAGCACAACACUCAAUGCUGAUCGACUUCUGACCUUUGACCGACCUUGAACUUUUUGCUGAUAAACUGAGAACAGAAUGGCUGCGAUGGGAAGAAAGUAUUUGGUGAAGGACUUUAACCACUUCAUCACCUGUUACCUAUGCCGAGGUUACCUGAUCAAACCGACCACCGUUACAGAGUGCCUGCACACUUUUUGUAAGAGCUGCAUCGUGCAGCACUUCGAGGAGAGCAAUGACUGUCCGCGCUGUGGCAUCCAGGUGCAUGAGACCAAUCCGCUGGAGAUGCUCCGACCAGACAACACAUUGGAAGAAAUAAUCUUCAAGUUGGUGCCUGGGCUUCGAGACCGUGAAGAGCAGCAAGAAUUGGAAUUUUGGAGGAGGAACCCACCUUGGGAUAAUGGAGAAGGUAACCCAAGGUGUCAACAAGUGGUCUCGCCCAGAGCAAUUGGUAAUGGUGCUGAUGGGGGUGCAAGUGGACGUGAAGAUGACAAUGGGGAGGAAGACUACCACCGCAGUGACCCGCAGAUAGCUAUCUGCCUUGACUGUCUGCGGAACACUGGUCAGUCUGAGGAGACUUCAGUCACGGACCUGAUGAAGCGGUUCAUACGCUGCUCCAGCCGGGUCACCGUUGGAACGAUUAAGAAGUUCCUCAGUCUUAAACUCAAGUUGCCCAGUUCUUACGAGCUGGAUGUGUUAUGUAAUGGAGAGAUCAUGGGCAGAGAUCACACACUAGAGUUCAUCUAUAUGACCCGAUGGCGGCUCCAUGGAGAGAACACAUAUCCCAUGGUCCUGGAGUACAGACCCCGGAUUGACUUCGGAUACAACCAUGAUGUCUAAAUGAAGAAAUCGCACUUAUAUGCUCCCUUGUGGAAUAAUGAAGAAAUAAAUGUAUUUUUGUACAUCUGAUAAUUCAACGUAGUUAUGGUAAAGAGGUUUUAUUCAACAUAGACUAAUAUAUGUGUGUGUGUGUAUAUAUAUAUAUAUAUAUAUAUAUAUAUAUAUAUAUAUAUAUAUGAUGCUGUAUGAAAUAUUUUGAAAAGUUAUAACUGUUCAAAGGAAAGUUUCUCUUUUCUUGUUUCCUGUGUAUAGUAAAUGUUGAUAAGGUUUUCUACCGUGGAUGGUUGCUCUUUUGAUGUGCGAUUUCUAGUCUCUAUUAAAGAAACUACAUUACAGUUGUGUGACACUUGAAAUACCAAAACUGCCUUGGAGCUGAUAUAUUAUACUUUGUUUGAGUGAAGAAGAACGGGAGAAAACAAUGUGGAUCGCCAGUCAAUCAUAGGGACGCCUGCAGGGGGCCUUCAUUGUGAAGUCAGUACAUUUGUGUGGUGAUGUCACAGCCCAGGAAUCUCAGGUCAGACUUGAGACCAGAAACAAAACAGAUGCUGGAGCCAGUUAUUUGAGGGCUUGGGUCGAAAGUCAAAUCUCAGUUCCAUAAUAAACUCAGAGAAAAAUGUGUCAGAUCAGAUGACUCGUCAAACAGUCACAGAUGAGUUAUGAUGUGAGACUUGAAAGGUGGACCAUAAACAUUCUUGCAUGCACAUCUUUCCACAGGCUAUGCUUACAAAAACACAACAGAAACACAAACUUGCUAUAACUAUGACGCAGACAUGCACACAUGAUUUCAUCUUUAUAUUGCUGUUAGGGCCUCUCAUUGCCAUAAUGCUUUCCGCAGUUAUUAUUAUUAAUGACCCAGUUAUUAUGAGGUCCUCAUCCUCGAAUUCAGGUUAAAGUUCCUAAUGAAGCAAACUGUCGACACAAGGGGGUGUCUUACCAAGAAUUGGUCUAUCCUGGACCUCUUCAAUAAAUGCAAAGAUAUCUUAGAUGCAAAUACCCACACUGGUUCCUGUUUGUCUCGUCACAGAAUUACAGUUAUGCGGGUGAGGGGUCACGACCAGGCUGUACCGGGCUCGAGCUGACACUCCAUGAUUCAGUGGUGUCAUGUAUUCCACAAAAAUAUUUCAGAAACACGAAUGCAGUUUACAGGAGAUAACUUCUUCCAGUUAGGUCUGUUCACGGUCGUUGGGAUUGAGGGCAAAACGAUUGAGGGGUUAAGUGUUGCUGCAAAUGGACACUUGUCCCAGAGAGUCAUGGUGUUUAUUCUGGGACCAAAAACAUCUGGUGCCGUGUCAACAACUGCCACUGUUUUCUCUCUUAGCACAUCAAACUCAUUGAGGACUAUUCUCUGAAAGACACUUAUGGCUCUUAACAGUUCCUAUUAGUCUGUGAAAACCAAACACAUAACAAACACAAUUUUCUGCAUGACAAUUUUCUUGGUGUGCUGCCAUUCAACUUUUGCCUAUACCCUGUCAGAAUUUUAGCUUCCAAGUAGGUUUAGAGCGGAAUCCUUCUCCUUUUGGAAUUUCACAAGUCAGCUUCCAUCACCUUAACUUCCUGCUCUCACCCCUCCUCUUCAUGCCUCCUUUAUCUCAACCAUGAACAUCAGCGGUUGUCUUCCUCUUCUACCUUUGCCCUGCACUUCCUGCACUUCAUCCAACUGGUUCUCAAAGCAUCAGCAACUCUGACACCUUCUUAUUCUGCUUUGUGUCUUAGGGCGCUUUCACACUGCAGUGUUCUUUCUCGGGAGCC